UUCUCUAAGAGGCACAUUCAUAUUUCACAGAGAGACAGUAGAUCACUGAUGUCAUGACAAAAAGUAUUUGAUAAAUGUACCGUUAAUUAUUGAUCUUGGUUUUAAACUAUAGUCAGGUGGAAAAAGCAGGACUGACAUGAUGAGGAUAUCACUGACAUUUAUCCUUUUCUUAAUGACAGUCUAUGCAUCUAAAAAAACAUACAGUUCAGCUAUUGACGAAAUCUACAACCGAGACAACGAAGAAGACCGAGUCAAAACCAGACUACGAAGAGAGGAGAAUUCUGGAACCACUAAGCUUAAUGUACCAUUAAUAAUUGGCAGUGUGGUGGGCUGUCUUGUCUUACUGACACUUGUGCUUGUGCUGAUACUGUGCAGACACAAACUCCCCUGGACAAAAGCGUGUUGUGCUGCGGAGGGAUCAUCAGAGCAAAGGACAACUGCUGAACAUAACAGAGAAGGACUUCAUGAAGAACGACAGUAUGAGGAAAUACAGAUGCCGAACCAGCAGGCAAGCUCAGGAAAUGCCCUGACCUCCGUCUAUGCCACCGCUCACCCUCCGGAAGACUCUCUCCACUAUGCAAGUGUCAAUUUUCAGGUGGAUUCUGACUUGGCAUUGACAGACAAGAAUACUGACACAAAUAAGAAUGUCUCCUUGGCCAGCGACUACUCCUCUAUAAGUCCAUCUCAGGGUCUCACUCAUCCUCCUCCAUUAGCAGAGCAGAAUGUUUACUCUACAGUCUCCAAGUCUAAGCAAUGAUGAGACAGACUUUCACCCGUUACUGUUAAAGGGACAUUUCACCCCAAAAACAAAAUAUAUAUAUAUAUCGGUUUCCCAAUAGACCUGUAUUGCCAUUUAUCAAUCACCAUUUGGUUUGGUUUUGGAGGACACCAUUACAUCUCCCUCUGUUGUGAGCACCAGCCUGUCGUCAUAAUGCACGCAUGGUGAAACAGUAUAAAGGAAAUAGUUCCCAAAUAAACGUUAUUCAAAGGAAGGCAGACACCUCUAUUACCGAUAUCUCCACCACUCAUCAACAAAAACAUAGAGACGGUUAAAUAGCAUAACCGGAUUUUUGUAUUCUUAUUUUGGGAUGAGCUGUCCCUUUAACUCUGCUGCUAGAGGCAACCUGCUGUGAGAGAUUUGCAUUUGUGUUACACUCUAUACAACCAGAACAUAGAAAGUUGUCUAGCUGGCAGCCUUUUUGAGAGAUGGACAAUCUGUUACAAAAUAGAGAUAGCUCAUAGCUAAUUAGCAUCCCUCAUGGGUUUGUAGUCAUUUACUGAAACGUAUAUAUGUGAAUAUUCAUUUUAGUAUGCUCUGAAUGCUACUGAUGAAUAAAAUUAUGCUUGAGAAUA